GGUUUGUGUGCGGUGCUUUUGGCGAUGGGCGUGGUGCUAUUGGAUGGAAACGCUGUGCGCAACUUCGCGCUGGACGAGGCGGCGCUGAUCAAGGCCGUGGAUCCCCAGUUCAAGGAGCUGGAUGUCAACAACGACGGCGUCCUCUCGCGCUCGGAGCUCCGCGUCGCGCUGGAGCGCCUCAAUCUUCUGGAGACUGUGGGCGGAUUCCCGGUGAGCAAGACCCCCGAGGAGCUCAAUGCGCUCUACCAGUCGGCGUUCGAGAUGUUCGACAUGGAUCACGACGGCAAGGUGGAUCUCGCCGAGUUCCGCGAGCAGCUCAAGCAGAUCUUGCUGGCCGUGGCCGACGGCCUCGGCAGCUCGCCCAUGGAGAUGGUCGUGGACGACGAUAGCUUGCUCCACGCCGUGGUCGACCGGGAGGAGGAGGCCUCGUCCAAGAAACCCUGAUCAUCUAGACAAAUUCAUGGAUCGGAGAUCCUUGUCCCUCUAAUCCAUAAAUACCAUCGAUUGCUAUCAAGGAGCA